UCAGGGUGUGGGUGUUUAGUCAUUUUGUUUUUUUUCAUCAGUCUCCAUACAGCUGUGUGUGUCUGACUAGUUGGGUGUUUCAGUGUAAUUGGCUUUUUUCCCAUUCUUCUCCAUUCUAUUCCCACUCUAUAACACCCUGAGUCCCUGCUCCACCCCUGGCAGUGUUUCUCUUUUCAGAUACCACUUCUCUUUCCUCUGAGCUCUGCUGCCUCCUCUCCAGGCAGUGCCCUUGAACCUCACACGUCCUACAAGAGCAUCCACGCUCCACACACACCCCUCACCCAUCACAGGAUGGACCCCCUGCCUCUGCUCCUCUACCUGUGCGCAGUGCUGGCACCGAGCCAUGGAUUCAGCGUGGACGUGGAAGGACCCAUCACCUUCCAGGAGGCAGCUGAGGGGUUUGGGCAGAGUGUGUUGCAGUUCGGGAAUGCCAGCGCUGGGGGGCUGAUCGUCGGGGCCUCACUGCAGACAGGAAACGUGAAUGAAACUGGCAAAGUCUACAAGUGCGACCCGGACUCCAGACGCUGCCAGGAGAUCCCCAUCCAGAGGCCCCUUGAUGCCAUGUACAUGUCCCUCAGUUUGUCUCUGGCUGCCCAAGGCUCCCAGUUCCUGGUGUGCGGCCCCAUGGUGCACCGGGCUUGUGGGGAGAACAAGUACGUCAGUCACUACUGCUUCCCUCUGCAGCAGAGCUUCUCGCAACUCCAGCGCAUCCUGGACACCCAGCCAGAGUGCCCCAAACAUGUCACAGACAUAGUGCUCCUCAUCGACGGCUCGGGCAGCAUCGCACCUGUGGGCUUUGGAAAGAUGAAGACGUUUCUCUCUGAGAUCAUGAAGCAUUUCGACAGCACUGACACGCAGUUCGCCCUCAUGCAGUACUCCAAUAAAUUUAAAUUGCACUUCGACUUCAUGGAGUACAGGAAGAGUCGUGACCCUAAUCACCUUCUCCAGGGGGUUGAGCAGCUUCAUGGAACGACGUACACGGCCACAGCCAUCCGGAAAGUGGUGCGGGAGCUGUUCACCUCUGGGAGAGGCGCUCGGGAUGAAGCCACCAAGGUUCUCAUUGUGAUCACAGAUGGGGAGAAAUACAAUGACCCACUUUCUUAUUCAGAUGCCAUACCUGAGGCUGAGAGAGCUGGGAUCAUCCGCUACACCAUCGGGGUCGGCGAGGCCUUCUCCAGUGAUACUGCCCAACAGGAGCUCCAGGAGAUUGCCUCUAAGCCCAGCAACGAGCACGUCUUCCAGGUGGACAAUUUUGACGCCCUCCAGGGCAUCCAGAACCAGCUGCAGAAGAAGAUCUGCACCUUCAAAGGUUAUUCAUCUCAGGUCAUCACAGCCAAUGGGCAGAGCACCUAUAUGGUCGGGGCCCCUCUAUGCCAAGACACCGGCAAAGUCCUCCUGUUCAGCCGAGAUACCAAGGGUGGGGAAUGGACACCCGGAUCGGAGCUGUUGGGAGAGCAGAUUGGUUUGUAUUACGGGGGUACACUGUGCUCUGUGGACCUCGACAGAGAUGGGAACACGGACCUGGUUCUAAUCGGAGCCCCUUUGUACCGUACACCUCUGAAUGGAGGACUGGUCUAUAUCUGUCAGAUGAACUUGCCGGGGAUGAUGAUGAUCUGCAACAAGACCCUACAUGGGCAGAUGGGGGAAGUGUCUGGGCACUUCGGGGCCAGUAUGUCUGAAAUCGGGGACAUCAGCGGGGACGGACAGACGGAUGUGGCCAUCGGGGCUCCCAUGGAGAAUGACAAUAAUGGGGCCUUGUACAUCUUUCAUGGGGAAAAGGGAGGCCUCAGUCCCCAGUACAGACAGCGCAUCGAGGGGUCACGGUUUUCCAGCAGGCUGCACUACUUUGGCCAGGCUGUCAGUGGCGGGACAGAUCUGACGGGGGAUGGACUGCCGGACAUCGUGGUGGGGGCACAGGGGCAGGUCCUGCUCCUGAGAUCCCGGCCAGUGCUCAGAGUCGGGGUCUCCAUCAGCUUCCAGCCCCCCACGAUCCCCACCUCGGCCUUCGACUGCCAGGGGCAGGAGCAGCUCAACACUGAGGCCAGCAGGGCAAAGGUCUGCUUCACCGUCACUAAGAGCACCAUGGACAGCCUAGGCGACAGGAUCUCCAGCACCAUCCAGUACAGCCUGGCCCUGGACUCCGGGCGGACGAAGAUCCGAGCCGCCUUCGACGCCACCGGCCCCGUCCUGAGCAGGGAGCUGCGGCUCGGCAUCAAGAAGAAAUGUGAGACGUACCGGAUAACAAUACCUCUCUGCCCUGAGGACACCGUGACCCCCAUCACCCUGCACCUCAACUACACCCUGACGGGGGAGCCCAUCGCUGCUGCCGGCGACCUCAGACCCAUCCUGAGCGAGGACUCUGUGCUGGCGUCUGCAGGCUCGCUCCCGUUUCAGAAGGACUGCGGCACCGAUGGCCGCUGCGAUGACCAGUUAGCAGUCUCCUUCAAUUUCUCUGGCCUUGAAGAGUCGACCAAGUACGUCAACUUCUCCACCAAGGAGGCAGGGACAAGCGUGCCAGUGACACAUCGGUACGAGGUCAAGAACCUGCGGCAGCGAAGCGUCCCCAUCUCGGUCACAUUCCAGUUCCCCGUGGAGCUGAGCGGGGUCCGGGUGUGGGACGCCUCUGAGGUUGUCCCCUCCAAGCCGGAACUGGCCCAGUGCACCAAUGACGUGGAAACACCCGAUUCAAAGGACUUUGUGAAGCAGAUGAGCGAUCGCCCCCUGCUGGACUGCUCUGUGGCCACCUGUAAGAAGAUCCGGUGCAGAAUCGCCUCCCUGGAAAUGCAGCAGCCACUGGAGUUUAUGAUCAAAGGGAACGUCAGCUUCCAGUGGGUCUCCCAGACUCAGCAGCAGAAAGUGAGUCUGGUGAGCGAGGCCCGGAUUGAAUACGAGGAGAAGAAAUACACCCAGAAGGAGGGAUUCGUCCAGCGCCAGGUGCAGACAGUGGUGGAGCGCUCCGAGGUUGUGGGCAGCAGCGCUGGCCUGAUCCUGCUGGCUCUCAUCACCGCAGCCCUCUACAAGUUCGGCUUCUUCAAGCGCCAGUACAAGCAGAGGGUGAAGGACGCUGUGGAGGGCGAGGGGCCUCUCCUGACCCAGAGUGCAACCACUGGCAACUCCCCUGCUUCCAAUGCUCCUGGUACAGAACGCUGCAGUGCGGGAUAUUGGGCGUGCAUCAGACCUGUCCACUCCCUCCACCGACUUCCCUUCAGGAGCAACUCCUGAACGAUGCAUGUGCGGAUGCUCCGAUUCCAGAAAAGGAGGGUCUUGUUCCUGUUGGGUUUCACCCACGUUGAAAGUGGAGCACUGCACCAUAAAUGCAUACCCACCUGAAUCUGGCUUAAUUUCCAUACCCUGAGAAUAUUGAACCUGGUUGAAAGGCUUGUCCUUAGCUCCAAGGCCUGGGCCCAGGGAAUUGGAAAAACAUGUCAAGCUCCAGGAUAAGGAUUAGGGUUAACAAGUCUGCCCCUCUGGGUCUUGUUGUUCUGCCUCUGUACAGUGCCUAGCAGGGUGGGGGUGUGGUCCAAGGGCAAAUAUCCCAGGUCCUACCAUAAUUCACCCAGUAAAUAAUGUACUGUGCCUAGUACAAUAGGAUCCUGACCAAUGAUUGCAGCUCCUAGGCACUAUCGUAAUACACUUGAUAAAUACUAUGAAGUGCCUAUAGCAAUGGGGACCUGCCCCAUGCUUGGGGUUGUCCUAAUUCCUACCAUCGUUCUCCUAAUAAAUAAUAAUACAAUAGAGGAGACAGAACUUUCUCAGGGGCUGGUCCCAGGCUGGAACAAAUUCCCCAAGUGACUACGGAUCAUCCCAAACCUCCCCACCUUCACUCCACGCAUCAGGGCAUUUCUUUGAUCUUGUCUUCUCAAGCAUAGAGCUGUGUGUGUGUGUGUGUGUAUGUGUGUACACAUAGAAGAGGGUCUCACACCUUUGUUGCUUCUGCAAGCAGCGCUCAUAGCACAUGCCACGGGCUCCUUGCAUCUGUUCAAGCCCCCCACCAACAAGCUCCCUAUGUAUCUGACUAGAAAUGAGUCUAGUCUGUGAAAGAAGCUUAUUAGAACAUCUUUGAGGGUAAGAUUACAUGUAACCAGUUCCUUAGUGUAUUAAGCUUAGCUUUGCGUGUUUGUUUUAUUUUGCUUAGUAACUUACCUUGUUCUGUUUGUUGCUUCUUAUGAUCACUUAAAUCCUACCUUUUAUACUUAAUA